AUGGCCACUAUUAGACGAGAAUUUGUUAAUGAUGCAAUUCAAAGAGCUGAUGCAUUAACAGAUCCUUACAUUCGCAAUUAUGACGUAACAAAACGUUUUGAAUUUGUAAAACAAACAAUUCUUGAUGAUGAAUCUCUUACAAAAAAUGAAAAAUGGGAAGCAAUAAAAAUAAUAACAAAUGAUUAUGAUUAUAUUAAAGUUAAAACUAAUGAAGGAACAAAAAGACUAUGUGAAAAUUGUGCUUUAGAGUGUUUAGCUACAUUAUAUUGUGAACAUUGUGUUCGAACCUAUUUAAAAAAUAAUUUUUCAAACUGGACGUCUGGAAAUAGUAAUAUUGAUAAUUUAAUACAAGAAUGUCAAAUGGAAACAUUUAGCCCAGAUCGUGUAAUUGAAUGGAUACCAUAUAAUAAUUUACAAGAUAUUAAAUAUAUAACUAAAGGUGGAUGUUCUGAGAUUUAUUCAGCAAUUUGGAUUGAUGGACGUUAUAUUGAAUGGAAUUCUAAGGAGCAACAAUUAAAAAGAUCAUCAGGAACUUUUAAAGUAAUACUUAAAAAAUUGGAAAAUGUUGAAAAUGCUAAUAGAAGUUGGUUUGAUGAGGCAAAAUCACAUUUAACAUUAAGUAAUAAACAAGCUAUCUUUACCAAAUGUUAUGGUUUAACUCAAGAUUCAAUAAACGGAGAUUAUAUGCUUGUAAUGCGUUUAAUGGAUACAGAUUUAAGAAAAUAUAUGCAGCAACAACAUACAUGGAAAGAAAAAAUAAAUAUAGUUGAUAAGAUUAUUUUUGCACUUUAUAACAUUCAUUUUUAUGGAGCGGUACAUCGAGAUUUACAUUCUGGAAAUAUUUUACAUUCGAAGUCUAAUGAUUCUUGGUAUAUAAGUGAUUUUGGAUUUUGUGGACCCGCAGAUAAACCAUUAAAAAGUAUAUAUGGAAAUCUUCCUUAUAUAGCACCUGAAGUUAUAAUUGGAAAAGAAUAUACUUUCGCAUCUGAUAUUUAUAGUUUAGGUAUACUUAUGUGGGAAAUUUCAUCAGGACAAACACCCUUUAAUAAUUAUGAACAUGAUUAUGAUCUUGCAAUGAAAAUUGUUAAUGGUAUGAGACCAAAAAUUAGAACAGAAAUUCCAUCAAAAUAUAAAGAACUAAUGAAACAAUGUUGGGAUGCCGACCCAUUAAAAAGACCUAAUGCAGAUACUCUUUGUGAUGAAAUUGAAAAAAUGAUGAAAGAUAUUUACAGUAAUGAUAAUGCAAAUGAAUUUAAUACUUUAGAAUAUAAUAAUUCAUCUCAAAUUUCUAGUUCAAGUUCGAAUUUAAGUUCAAGUUCCAAGCUACUAUAUUCAUUAUCAACUAGUAAACUGCAUCAAUUUGAAAAUCUACCAGAACCAAGAAAUGCAACUGAAGAAGAACAAGAAGCAUUUCAUAGCCAACCUUACGAUUUCGAGAUACCUAAUAAUAUUGAAGAUCUCAAUUCGUCUAAAGAACAAGAGGAACUUAUUAAGGAUCUAAAUAGAUUAGAAUUAGAUAAGUAA